AAUUAUAAAAAUUAUAUAUUAAUAAUCUAUAUGUUAAGACAAAUCAAACAAGAUCACACAUGACUAUUUUUAGACUUACACAUUGAGAGAAUUUGAUGAGUCAAAGUGCUUAGAUGAACAGUUCCAAAAGUCAAAACUAGACAAAAAGAGUGGGACGGAGAAUCAUGCCACCCAGCGAUGGGAAGAUCUUCCCAUCGAUCUUCCCAUCGCUGGGUAAGCAGUCCCUCAGCGAAACUGAUUUCCAGAACCAUGCCAAAAGCAAUGGGAAACUCUACCCAUCGCUGUUCAAGCCUUGGUCCAACAUUAUCACAAGGCAGAAUGCCCUUACCCAGCGAUGGGAAACCUAUCCCAUCGAUGGGAACCCAGCGAUGAUCUCCUGCUGCUCAACCGCCAAGGAGAUGUGGGAUAAACUUGAGGUGACGUACGAAGGAACGGACCAAGUACGUGAAGCCAAGAUUGACUUCCUCACCCAAGAAUAUGAGAUGUUCAGGAUGAAGGAGCACGAGAAGAUCGACGACAUGUUCGACCGAUUUUCCAAGAUAGUCAACGAUCUUCAUGCAUUGAAGAAGACUUACACCGACAGGGAUCUUGUACGAAAGAUCCUACGAAGCUUGACAUCCGAAUGGCGAUCUAAGGCUGAUGCCAUCUAUGAGUCAAUCGGCACAUCAAAUGUCACCAUCGACAGUUUAAGAGGUAACUUAAAAACAUAUGAAUCUACUAUACUUAAUCCGUCUUUGAAUGACCAGAGAAAAUGCAUAGCAUUAAAAGCCUCCAAAGAACCGACAAUGAAUGACUCAAGCGACGAAGAUGAAGUCAAGCUCAUCAUGAAGAAGUUUUGCAAACUUCUAAAGAAAGAGAAGGCUGAGGAUGGCCCUGUGCGCUAUGGAUGUGGUGAAGCCGGGCACAUCAAGAACAAAUGCCCAAGAAACGGAAGGAAUGCUCGUCACUUCAAAAAGCAAAGAGCAUACAUCUCUUGGGGUGGCGACUCCGGCAAUGAGUCAAGCGAGCAAGAGGAAGACGAGGAAGCAAACCUUUGUCUCAUAGCUCAAGAAGAAGAGGAGUCCGCCAACGACGAAAACCAAGAGGGAAGCUUGUUUCCCUUGGUUGUACGAAGGAAAGGUAUUUUCCUUCGGGUUGAAGUCUUGGAGUGCGGUAUCUCCGAGCAAGUGUUGUUGAGGCUCGUGGGACUCGAGUUCUCAGGUUGUAACGGUUUGUUAAGCACCCGUAAGCUUAACGGAAGUAGUGUAGCUCGAGAGAGUCUCUCGGGAGACUGGAUUAGCCACACGUUGUGGUGAACCAGUAUAAAUCUUGGUGUGCUCCCUUUACGCUUUCUACGCUCUUUACUUUUCACGUUCUUAAUUUUUUAUUCCUGCGAUUUCUGCGAUCAAACGCUAUUCACUCCCCCUCUAGCGUUGGUCACUUAUUCUAACAGAAAUCAAUAGAGUACCUAAGU